GCGCUGCCGCCGCCGCCGCCGCAGUCCUUAGCUUCCCGGGGACAGGAAACCUUCAAGACCGAGCUGCCACUGCCGCCUCCCCGUCCGCCCCCGAUUCUGCGCGCCUGCCGCGCCCUCCUCCCCUUCUUCCAGCGUCUCCGAGUGGAGCCCCGCGGCGGCGACGCAGCCCGAGUCGCCGUCUUCCCUCGCGGGCAAAGCUGUGACCCCCCCCCGCAGCAGCGGCGGGGCGGGGUGGGGGGGCCCGGGAGAAGAUGGCGACGCCGGGAAGCGAACCCCAACCUUUCGUCCCUGCUCUCUCGGUAUCUACUCUGCACCCCCACCAUCACCCCCACCACCACCCUCACCACCACCAUCAGCACCACGGAGGAACCGGAGCCAGCGGCGGGGCGGGCGGCGGCGGCGGCGGCGGCAGCGGGGGCUUCAACCUGCCCUUGAACCGGGGUCUGGAGCGCGCGCUGGAGGAGGCGGCCAACUCCGGGGGGUUGAACCUCAGCGCCAGGAAACUGAAGGAGUUUCCCCGGACCGCGGCCCCUGGGCACGACCUUUCGGACACGGUGCAGGCAGAUUUAUCUAAAAACAGACUGGUUGAAGUUCCAAUGGAAUUGUGCCAUUUUGUAUCACUGGAAAUCCUUAAUCUGUAUCACAACUGUAUCAGAGUCAUUCCUGAGGCCAUCGUCAAUCUGCAGAUGCUGACUUACCUAAACUUGAGUCGAAAUCAGCUGUCCGCCCUGCCCGCCUGCCUGUGUGGUCUGCCUCUCAAAGUCUUAAUCGCAAGUAACAACAAACUUGGAUCAUUACCAGAAGAGAUAGGUCAGCUCAAACAGUUAAUGGAGUUGGAUGUCAGCUGCAACGAGAUCACCGCACUGCCCCAGCAGAUAGGUCAGUUGAGAUCUCUACGAGAACUGAACGUCAGAAGAAAUUACCUUAAAGUUUUACCACAAGAAUUGGUAGAUCUUCCCUUGGUAAAGUUUGACUUUUCCUGCAACAAAGUGCUGGUGAUUCCCAUUUGUUUCAGAGAGAUGAAGCAGCUGCAAGUGUUACUGCUCGAGAAUAACCCUCUGCAGUCUCCUCCAGCACAGAUUUGCACGAAGGGCAAAGUGCACAUAUUUAAGUAUCUGAGCAUACAAGCAUGCCAGAUUAAGACAACUGACUCCCUUUAUCUCCACACCAUGGAGAGGCCACAUUUACAUCAGCACGUGGAAGACAGCAAGAAGGAUUCUGAUUCGGGAGUUGGAAGUGAUAAUGGAGAUAAGCGAUUGUCUGCCACAGAGCCCUCUGAUGAAGACACCAUUAGCCUCAAUGUGCCAAUGUCAAAUAUCAUGGAAGAAGAACAGAUCAUCAAGGAGGACUCGUGCCAUCGCCUUAGCCCAGUUAAAGGGGAAUUUCAUCAGGAAUUUCAACCGAAGCCUUCCCUUUUGGGUGGCAAUGACAACUCAGGAGAGGAAAGAGACCAGUUUAUUGAUGGAGCAGAUGUUCUCCAUUCGGAAUUUGUGAACUAUAAGGCCAGGGCGGAAGACUGUGAAGAACUGCUACGGAUAGAAGAGGACGCACACUGGCAAGCCGAGGGCACAAUAAGUUCAUCCAAAGAUGAAGACAUAGAUAUCGCUCUGAUGGAGCAGCUGAGAGAAGCGGUAGACUUGCUGCAGGAUCCCAAUGGAUUAAGCCCGGAUAUUACAGAGAGAAGUGUUUUAAACCUGUAUCCUACAGGAUCAACAGAAGACUUAGAAUUACAAGAUUCUGCACUAAAUGGUCAGAUACAGCUGGAGACCUCUCCGGGGUGUGAGGUGCAAAGUGAUCUAACAUUAGAGAGUAAUGGGAGCCAGUAUUCUCCAAAUGAGAUCAGAGAGAACUCCCCUGCAGUCUCUCCUACCACAAACAGCACAGCUCCUUUUGGCCUGAAGCCUCGAUCAGUGUUUCUAAGACCUCAGAGAAAUUUGGAAUCUAUAGACCCACAGUUUACAAUCCGGAGGAAAAUGGAACAGAUGAGAGAAGAAAAAGAGCUGGUGGAACAACUCCGUGAGAGCAUCGAGAUGAGGCUGAAGGUCAGUCUGCACGAGGACCUGGGGGCAGCGCUCAUGGAUGGCGUCGUCCUCUGCCAUCUGGUCAACCACAUCCGCCCGCGGUCUGUUGCAAGCAUCCACGUCCCCUCACCAGCGGUUCCCAAACUUAGCAUGGCCAAAUGCAGAAGAAAUGUGGAAAACUUUUUGGAAGCAUGCCGAAAAUUAGGAGUGCCAGAGGAAAAACUGUGUCUACCCCAUCACAUCCUUGAAGAGAAAGGCUUGGUCAAAGUGGGCAUUACAGUUCAAGCGUUACUAGAUGUCACCGUAACGAAGAUUCUAUUCACAUGAAACCACCCCCCACCCCGGCUCCUUUGGGUGGGCUCAGACUCUUCUCCCCCCAGGGAUCCUGAACUCCACUCCCUGUUCAAACCUCUCCCACCCACUGCCUGUGGGUUCCCCGACUCCAAUUGCAUUGAAAAUGUUUUCAGCCUAAGGGAGGAUUUUCUACCUUUCAGAGCUGACCUGGACGUUAGUUAAGACUUGACAGGUAUUUAUCUUGGAACCGGUGAGGGAGCUGGGGAGUCGGAACUGAACAGCACAUCAAUGCCUUUUACAGCCUCCUUCAUCCCUUCCAUGCCCACCGACUGCCAUUACCAAAACGCCAAGCACAACCGUUUUGCAGCAAGAUGCCAUUUGUUUUAUUAAAACCAAACUCAUCACAUGUUUAGUGGGGGGAGGGGGACACAAUCAGGUUUUUCACCACCAAAUUUUUCAAGAAGUUUCUUGAGACCAUUGCCUUUUAAAAAACUAUUUUCGACAUACAAAAUAUUUAUAUAAAUAUUAUUUAUUAGUGAGUUGUUAUUCAUCCUUUGGAUGCAAAUUGUAAAUUAGGAAACUAUUUUAUUACUGCUUUUUUGUGGUUAAACACUUUAUUUUAAUAUUAUACAUAUUGAGUUAUUUUCUAUCCUCUUUGGUGUGCAGUAGUUCUAGGUCUUGGUAAUCAUGUUUUCUGGUGUAUAUGAUUCAAAAAAAAUUAAGCAAAAACAGGUGCUUCUGUGAUAAAACUGUUUUCUGGGGAGGCUUUCUUUACACUUUGGUUUGUGGAACAUUGGUCUUAUUUAUAUUUCUGCAUUCCAUCCAGUUUCCUACAUUCCAGCAGCCCUACUGUCCCCCAAUACAAUGAACUGAAAUCAAGGGAGCACCCCAAAGUUACUUGUAAAUAGCUGUGAUGGGGAAAAAAAAGACAUAUUAAACUUGAAGAUAAAAUGUGAA